GUCCCGUAUCAAUAAGUUAGUUAUCGACUUAAAUACAAUUAAUAAUAAUAAUGGAAGCAAAUGCAACAUUUACCGGGGAUGUGGAUAAAACUCAGAUACCACCGCUAAAUCAAAAGCGUAUACUCGCUUUUGUUAAUCACUUCCUACUAAGUACCUGCAAUUUUCUCAAUGAAUUCGCCUUGAAUUGCGAGACCAAAUUUGUGCGAAUGGAGCGACAGCUUCAAAGAACUGAAGCUGCGUUAAUAAUUCUAGAAACGAAGCUGGCAUCCAUACCGGUAGAUAAUUCCGCCACAACGCCUGAAGUAAUAAGCACUGAGGCAACAACAGACGAAACUGAUAAGCCAGAAGUAGAAGCACCCGCAGAAGUAAAAGGCGUUCGAGUGUGUGAAGAUAUUCGUUAUAAGAAAUUCUUCAGAAUGCUGCAAGUAGGCGUACCUGCGCCCGCGGUUAAAAUAAAAAUGAGCUCAGAAGGACUGGAUUCCGAAAUGCUAGAUAAACCCGACUUCAUGCUCGAGGAUGGCAUUCUGGAAUAAAAUUUGGAGUAUUGUCCUGAGCAACAUAUAUUGUGAUAUAGCAUGAGCAUAAAAUGCUACAUUUUUAAAU